GCGGCAGAAGGCGGGGUGUGAGAAGCAGAGUACAUUGAGAUUUGCGUUCACUGUUGGCCAAAACCUUCCUUCUGUUUCACCACCUCUAAUAUCAGCUCCAGCAAGUUGCUUGCAACUUUGGUUCUGUCACUGGCGGCAGCGGCAGCAGCGGCAGCGGCGGCCCGGGUAGCAGCAGCAGCUGCAGCAGCAGCGGCGGGGGCGGGGGCGGCGGCGGCGGCGGCGGCAGCAGUAGCAGCAGCAGCGGCAGCAGCUUUAUCAGUAGCGGCAAUUUUGUGCGGAGGCUCCUACACACUUCGCGUUGUCUCUCUGCCAGAUCGCGGGCCAGUGGGUGUCUGCUCUCUCGCGCCGGUCGGUCGACAGGACCAUGUCGCUGGUAAGCCAGAAUGCGCGCCGCCGGCGCCGCGGUGCAAAGGCCACGGCGCAGAACGGCAGCAGCUGGGGUGAAAUGCAGGCCCCUGAGGCCCCCGGGUUCCCCGCUGCUACGCCAGGCCCCGACGACCCCCGGGGCCUUUGCGACUGUGAGGGCCCAAGCACCUGUGUGCCGUCCACCCCCGAUGAGAUCCUAAGCUCCUCUGUGCCGCCCACCUCCGAUGAGAUCCUAAGCUCCUCUGUGCCGCCCACCGCCUCGGAGGGCUCAAGUGCCUGCCGGCAGCCCACCAUCUCUGAGGGGCAGAACACCUCCGGCCCGCCCACCCCAGAUGAGGGCUCAAGCACCUCCGGGUGUCCAGCCAUCUCUGAGGGCUUGAACAUCUCUGUGCCACUCACCGCCUCUGAGGGCUCAAGCGCCUGUGUGCCGCCCACCCACGGGGAGGACCAGAGCAGCUCCGUGCUGCCCACUGACUCUGAGGGGUCCAGCACCUCCGUGCCGCCCUCCCCCGGUGAGGGCCCGAGCACUUCGGCACCGCCCACCGCCUCCGAGGGAGCAAACGCCUCUGUGCCGACCCCCUCCGGUGAGGGCCCCAGCACUUCUGUACUGUCCAGCCCUGGAGAGGGCCCAAGCACCUCGGGGCAGCCCACCGCCUCCAAGGGACUCAGCACUUCUGUACUGUCCAGCCCUGGAGAGGGCCCAAGCACCUUGACGCAGCCCACCACCUCCAAGGGACUCAGCACUUGCCUGCUGCCCGGUCCUGGCGAGGGCCCGAGCACCCGCCAGAUGCCAACCCCCGCUGGGGGCCCAAGCCCCUCCGUGCAGCUCAAGGCCUCCAAAGGACUCAGCACCUCCAUGCUGCCCAGCCCUGGGGAGGGCCCAAGCACCUCCAGGAUGCACAUUGCCUCUGAAGACCCUACUGCAUUGCUGAGCUCCAGUGCUGCUGUGGGCAGGAACCCCUGCAAGUGCUCCAUUGCUGUGCCAAGCCGUAAGGUCGCCAAGGCUCCUGCUGACUAUGAGGGCCCCAAGGGUGCAGGAGGCCCCGUGGAAUUCCAGGUCCUGAGAGACUGUGAGAGUUCCAACUGCAUUACCAUUAUGGGCCUGGGCACUUCCCCAGUUGUCCUCACCCUGAAGCCCCAGGAUCCUAUGGAGCAGAACGUGGCCGAGUUGUUACAGUUCCUGCUGGUGAAAGAUCAGAGCAAGUACCCUAUAAGGGAGUCUGAGAUGCGAGAAUAUAUUGGUAAAGAAUAUCGCAGCCAGUUCUCUGAGAUCCUCAGACGAGCAGCAGCCCACCUGGAGUGCAUUUUUAGGUUUGAAUUAAGGGAGCUUGACCCUGAACAGCGUACCUACAUUCUGCUCAACAAACUGGGACCUGUGCCUUUUGAAGGGUUAGAAGAGAUCCCAAAUGGGCCAAAGAUGGGCCUCCUGAUGAUGAUUCUUGGACAAAUAUUUCUAAAUGGCAACCAAGCCAGAGAGGCUGAAAUUUGGGAAAUGCUCUGGAGGAUGGGGGUGCAGCGAGAGAGGCGGCUUUCCAUUUUUGGGAACCCAAAGAGACUUCUAUCUAUAGAGUUUGUAUGGCAGCACUACCUGGACUACAGGCCAAUAACUGACCAUGAACAAGUGGAAUAUGAGUUUUUCUGGGGCCCACGAGCCCACCUAGAAACUAGCAAGAUGAAAAUUCUGAAGUUCAUGGCGAAGAUCUAUAACAAAGAUCCUAUGGACUGGCCAGAACGAUACAAUGAGGCGCUGGAGGAAGAAGCUAUCAGAGCUGCUGCUGAGGAAUGGCAGGCCUUCCCUCACUUUCGGAGGCCCUAUUUUGAGGAAAUUCCUGCAGAGGUACCAAAUCCCGAUUUAGAUGUUUCUGCUUAUCCCUCAAAAUACCCCCCGCACUCAUGGCCUGAGUCAAGAAUGGAGAGCAAGUCAAGAAAGUUGGUGCAAUUAUUUCUGCUUAUGGACUCAACUAAGCUGCCUAUACCAAAGAAAGGGAUUCUGUACUACAUUGGCCGAGAAUGCAGCAAAGUAUUCCCUGACCUCCUGAAUCGUGCUGCUCGCACCCUGAACCAUGUCUAUGGGACAGAGUUAGUGGUACUUGAUCCUAGAAACCACUCCUAUACACUGUACAACCGUAGGGAAAUGGAAGACACUGAAGAGAUCGUCGACAGUCCAAACAGGCCUGGCAACAACUUCUUGAUGCAAGUUCUAAGCUUCAUCUUUAUAAUGGGUAACCAUGCCAAGGAGUCCGCAGUCUGGGCCUUUCUGCGGGGCUUAGGGGUUCAGUCUGGGAGAAAGCAUGUGAUCACCUGCAGGUAUCUGAGUCAGCGCUACAUAGACAGUUUACGGGUUCCUGACAGCGAUCCAGUGCAAUAUGAGUUUGUGUGGGGCCCUAGAGCCCGCUUGGAAACCUCCAAGAUGAAAGCUCUACGAUAUGUGGCCAGAAUCCACAGAAAGGAGCCACAGGACUGGCCACAGCAGUACAGGGAGGCAAUGGAAGAUGAAGCCAACAGAGCUGAUGCUGGGCGCAGGCAAUUCCUUGUCCACAACUUCAGAUAGAGGAAUGUGUAGCCGUCAGAGGGGCCUUGCAAGGCUGGAUUCUUAGAGCCCUGAGUCUCACGUAUUGUGUGUUUGUGUGUGUGGGGUACAUAAUGUAUUUUGUAUUUGUGUUUCAGGUCCGUUUAUGUCUUUUCAUAUUUAGUUCUUGUUCAGUAUCUUGAAAAGUUUCAGUUGUUUUAAUAUAUUGUCCAGUAGUAUAAAUGUGAUUGACUACUUGCUGUCUCUGUUGUAUUUGGGUAAAAAGAGUUUUGAUGGCAUUACAAAAUGUUUUGAGAAUCUUUCCAUCUUGUUGCAUUAUCUGGAAGAGAAUAUAUAGCAUAUAGCUAUAGAUUUAAGCUUUUCCUUGAAAGUUUGAAUAAAUUCACCAGUAAAGUAAUAUAACUUCAGGUGUUAAACAAAUAUAAUAACAACAGAAAAAGCACUCUAAGUUGUGGCUUACCUCCCUUUCUGUCUGUUUUUGUGUAAAGAAUACUGAUGUUUACCUGUAUUUGCUUUGCUGUGCUAAAAUGUAACAAAAAUUAAAAAGGUUAAUAAAUCAAUCCUAGUGCUAAUUCA